AUGAACGGAACUACUCAAGCUCCAAAGACACCCAAGCCAACUGCCUCUGUGCCCAUUGUGCAAAAUAAACGCUGGCCCCCAAUGGCGAACCGCAACGCCCUCCCUUAUAAGCUCACUCAUCUCUCCAAAGAGAAACUCGCCCGUGAAGCUACCGCUCCCGACCCAGACCUCCGCCGCUGCGUGGCUCACUUCCGCCUGCACUGCGGCUCCGUCAUGUGGACCGAGAACGAUAUGAAGUCUCGCAUCAGCUCAUUUGACUUUGAAGACACCGAUGACGAGGAUGAGAUGGAUGAUAUGAAGAAUGCCGAAUUGCCUGUGCUCAAGUCCAGGACGCCACCCGCCGAGUCGGAAGUCGAAAUCACCAAAGAAACGGAUUCCCCAACCCCGGAGCCCGUCGCGGUGGCGGCUGCCCAGGCUACUCAACCUUCCCCUGAACACUCCGAGCAUGGUUUUUUGGAGAAGGGUCGCAAUUGUCUUGAGGCGACCUCCAAACACCUCUGGACAGGGGGUCUUGCAUGGUUGGUCCCAUCGCGGGCUGAUCACGACCCUCGCUUUAUAAUUUCUCUCUUCACCACCUCACUUCUACAUUCGCCACUUUUGCGACCCUUCUCUUUCAGCCGAUCUACGAUACCAUGA